AUGCUAUUCACGACGUUGUUGUCUGGCUUGCUGAUUUUGGGUGGCGCGCUGGCGCAGACGACGCCUCCUGGAUUUACGCCGGCUGUGAACAAGACGUUGGAUGUGAUCUAUAACACGCAGGUCAUUACGCCGGGGUUGCUGGUGAAGAAGUCGAGUACAUGCCCAGAACCUGGAACUCCCCGCGGGACUGUCUUGCACGCCCUCCUACAAGACUGGGCCCCCAACGGACAGACCCAGAACGGCUCUUCGAUCCUCACGACGAAGGCCACUGGUCCUGCAUCAUACUUCGGCCCUGCACCACCUGCCGAGACGCCCAAGCACCCGCACAAUUACAUCUUCCUAUUGCACCAGCAGCCCGACAACUUCGCAGUGCCGGCCGCGCAUAAGACGGCGGUGUCAGGACGUAUGGCCAUCAACUGGCCCAAGUUCAUCACCGAUGCGGGUCUGAGCGAGCCGAUUGCGGCGAACUACCUGCAGGUGCAGUCUGGUGAUAAUACCAAGAGUUUUGUUGCAUAG